UGCAGCGUGGCGGGGAGGGGCUGUGGCGUCUCCCUCAGGAGCAGGCUGGGCCUGCCCUCCUCCCGGCUCGCAUUCCUUUCCCCUGAAAUCUGGCUGCAGGGAGGAAUGCGGGUGGCACGUUGAAGGGCCUUGAAGGCAGCCAUGUACAGCAGUCCCGGUGAGAUCUGCCUGCAGGGCCUGGAGGCCCUCCCUGACGACGCACUGCCCCAUGGGACAGGGAAACAGCCCUUCAAACACCAGGCGGAGGCCCAGCUAGAGGAGCUAUCCCUCCAGCCAGCCGCCUGCAGCUCGGCCGAGGGAUGGACUGGAGAGAGGCCCCCAGGUCUGGUCAAACGGGGGCCCAGCAGCCUCCUGGCAUUGGAGACAGCGGCAUCGGCCACACCCUCCCUUUCGGUCUGGUUCCAGGCAGCUGACUCGCCAACACCUGCCCAGCAACAGUGAGACUGGCAUUUGACCAAACAGCGGCACUAGAGCCUGCCUGGCUGGCACAGAAAAGGAACCAUCACACGCCUCUGUUUACAUUCUCACUUUUUCUGAAUGAGUGAUCUAUGGGAUGAAUGAAAAGAAACCUUUGCGCUGCCGCGUAGGAGAACGCUGAUUCGCCGCAUGCAGCUGCUGCCGGGCCGGUCCGCCCCGUGUCUGUCUGUCGCUGUGUGCUGUUCACUCCUGGCCACUUAACCUCGGUGGUGAUGAAGCCCCAGGCCCCUCGGGGCACCCGGUUUCCAUCCCAGAGCCAGGGAGAGCCUCGGCCCACGCCCCACUCCCUCUCCCCGGAGGAAACAGCCCGCACAGAGGCAAAAUGCCUGCCGCUCUGUCUUUCUGAGCAUCCAGCUCUGCCACCCAGCCUUCCAAUGCCCCUUUGGGACCAGCUCAGGCAGCCGUGGGGCCCAGGAGGGUCUGGCAGGCGGGCUCUGGGGAAGCCCCAGAUUAGAUUCUCCCUUCUCGUGGGGUUCAGACCCCGGUCACUGUGGUCCUGAAGGGCUCAGGGGCUUAGAGCAAGGUCGGCAGACUUGUUCUGUAAAGGGCCAGCGGGUAAACAGUCCAGGCUUUAUGGACCGCAGGGCCUCUGCUGCCAUGUUCAGCUCUGCCGUUGUGCAAUAGCAGCCACGGGCCAUACGAACGCACGUGGGCGCAGUGUGCCCCCUGAAAACUUUCUUUACAAAGGCAGGUGCUGGGGCACAGGCCUGUUUGCUGACUCCUGCCUGAAGGGGAGAGGGAUGACCUUAAGGAAGGGACUCCUCGACGGAGGAGAGAGUCGUAUAGAAUCAGGCUGGGACAAUGUGCUACGCACAGGCCCCAACACGAAACUAGCCCCCGAGGAGAAACGGGGGUGCAUCAGAAGCUCCCCGUGUCCCCCAGGGUGCAGUGCUCAGUCUCUCAGGUGUACCGUUGGCUGAAAUUGCUGGCUUAUGCGGUGACCGUCUGCUCCUCCGGCCCCCUGGUGCCCCAUCAAACCUCACGCCACAAGGUCCCUGGGUCGGAUUUUCCUCAUGCUGCAGAUGAGGAAGCAAUGAAGUGGAGCAUUUGCCCAAAGCCACACGGCCUGUGGGGCAGAUCCUGAGUCCAGCCCAGGGUCCUCUCACUCUGUGCUUGUCACCACAGCGGUUGCUCUUGAAACUGGCUCUGGGAAGGGGUCUCAGGGGCUGGUCCUGCGUGUACAGCAGGGAGGCUGAGGGGCUGGGACCCAAGCCUUCUGGUCCUGCUCCAGCCAGAAAGCCUGCAGCAGCAUCUGUCUCCCUCAGCACUGGGGCCGGGCCAUCCCCACGGGGGGACACCCUGCACACUGUAGGGUGUUCGCCAGCAUCCCUGGGGUCCACCCACUAGAGGCCAGUUGCAACACCCUCCUCCCCAGUUGUGACAACUAAAAAUGUCUCCAGACAUUGCCGAGUGUCCCUGAGGACACUUGUCACCUGUGGGUGAGAACCCCUAGCCUGGAGGUCACAUGCCCAGGCUCAGAGCCAGCUCUGCAACCUACCAGCCCAGUGACUCUAGGAAGGUUCCCUGACCUCCCUAUGCCUGACCUCCCUCACCUGCAAAAUGGGAUAACAGCACCCACCCUACGGGUGUCGUGAGGAUUGCGUGGACCACCGUGUUCACAACAGUGUCUGGCCGUGGCUUGGAGCCUGACCUUGGGGUCUGGCUGACACCCCCGCUGAGUGUUUGCAGGCUCUCCGGCGUUUUUCUCAGGACGCCAGCCUUCUUACCAGAAGCGUCCCCUCCCUGGGAAGCCCUCGGGGGCUGUGCCUUCUGUGCCUCAGGGCUUGGGGUGCAAUUUGAGGAUGGAGCGGAUACGCCCAUGAAACUGGAGUGGGUCCGAGUGCCCACGAGCAGGGGCAUGACCAAGUCCCUGGGAAGAGGGGGCCCUGUGGGGUUAAAAAGCUGUAUACGUUGGUGAAGGGGGGAGCCUAGUAAACAUAAUGUUCUUCAUGUAAUUGUAAAUUAAUGAUAGCAACAACAAAAAAGCUGUACACGUGCCCCAGGUGCAGCAAAGGCUUCAGUUAAACGUCCCACUUGACCGAGCACCAGCACACACACACCAGGGCGCAGCCCUCCAUGGGUCAGGUGUGCGGACGGGCCUCCGCCAGAGCUCCAGCCUGGUCAGCCACUGCAGGGUGCACACCGAGGUCGGCUUCUGCACCGACCUCCACAGGCACCAGAGGGCCGCACUGGGGAGCAGCGCCAGCCAGAGUGUGCCGGCAGGGCCACACUGCGGGGCUUCGGCUGCCCCACGGCCCCUCGGAAACAGGGUCUUUGCGGACGUACUUACUUAAGAUGGAGUCAUUUUGGGUUGGUGGGGCCCUAAAUCCAACGAUUGUGUCUU